UCUUCUACUUCUUCUUCUAAUUCUAUCAUCAUCAACGAACUUCUUCUUCUCUCUCUAAAAAUGGCGAACUUCAAAUUGAUUAGCUUAAUUAUUCUCUUCGCAGCGACGGGUUUAGCCAUGCUCGUCACUCUAAUUUACACCGCAUUCUUUACACCAAGUGGCCAUAAAACUGUUUCCCAGUGGCUUGUGACAACUUGGGUUGAUUUUUACAUAAAUUUCGUUGUUUUAUCGACUUGGAUUGUUUACAAAGAGUCCACCUGGUGUAGAUCCCUACUUUGGAUAUUUUUCUUUGGGGUUUUUGGCAACCCUGUUUUAAGUAUCUACAUUCUUAUGCAACUGUUCAAGCUUUCACCUCAAGAAGCUCAUGAAGAUCCUAUUUAUCAUGUCUUGUUGCGGGAUUCUCACAAGGACAAUGCUGAACCGGAGAAAAAGCACUCUCUUGUUACUGCGAGAGUUCUUUUCAGUGCUUUAGGCUGUGUAAUGCUAGGAUUAUUGAUUUACACUUUGGUGACUGACGGUUCUCCUUUUCGCAAAGAGCUUUUAGAUCCGUUGAUGGUGGCAACACUGGUCGAUUUCUAUUGCCUUGUUAUUGCGCUAUCAGUUUGGGUUGCUUACAAAGAAUCAUGCUUAAUUUGUGCAGUCUUUUGGAUAGUUUUAUUGAUCUGUUUUGGAAGCAUUGCGACAUGUGCUUAUGUUGUGGUACAACUGUUCCAGCUAACAUCUCAGGAUCCACUCUACCUUGUUCUUAUAAAACAUGUUGACAGGGAAGAAAGAAAGUAUGGAAAACCAGUAUUUUGAGCAGAAUGAGAUUUACCAUCAUUAAGUGCAACCGAAGAUAUAUAUACCUAAAAUUAGUAAGGUCCUGGUCCUGGUCCAUAUACUAUUAACUGUGGAUGUUAUUUAUUAUUUCAAACACUUGUUGUUGUUAUCUUAAUCUACAUACUUAUUCUUCUUCUAGUUACUCAUUCUUCUUCAUCUCUGUAAUUCACCUUCCUAUCUAUUGAAUUCCACCUUUAUUUUUCUCUCAA